CUUCUUCUUCACUCCUUGAGCCAUUUUCACAUAUAAACAGAUAGAGACUCAGAGAAGCAGCUACAUUUUCUUCAAGACAUAUAUAUAAAUAGAUAUAUAUAUAAACAGAGAGAGAGAGAGAGAGAGAGAGAGAGAGAGGCGGAGGACUUUGACAAAGCAACAAUGGCGGCUUCACCGAGAUCAUUCUCUCUGUUCGCGUUUCUAAUAAUAGUAUUCUUCGUGAGUGUAUAUUCCUCAGCUGCUGAGAGUAACGAGUUUAAGUCAAGGUUCCAUGAAAUUGAGCAGUCACUGAGCUCGAAGAACUCAUCAACAGCGGACAGGUCUGAUGAUGCAUGGCAUGAGCACGCGGUGGAGGAUCCAGAGGAAGUUGCUUCUAUGGUUGACAUGAGCAUACGUAAUAGUACGGAAAGGCGAAAGUUGGGAUUCUUCUCUUGUGUAACGGGCAAUCCAAUUGAUGAUUGCUGGCGCUGUGACCGCAAGUGGCACCUGCGCAGGAAGCGCCUAGCCAACUGUGGCAUUGGUUUUGGACGCAGCGCCAUUGGUGGUCGGGACGGCAAGUACUAUGUUGUCAGUGACCCUGGCGAUGAUGACCCCGUAAAUCCUAAACCAGGCACUCUCCGCCAUGCGGUCAUCCAGGAUGAACCUCUGUGGAUUGUGUUUAAGCGUGACAUGGUGAUCAAGCUCAAGGAAGAGCUUAUAAUGAACAGUUUCAAGACCAUUGAUGGACGUGGUGUCAAUGUGCACAUUGCUAACGGUGCCUGUAUAACUAUACAGUUUGUCACAAAUAUCAUUAUCCACGGUAUUCAUAUCCAUGAUUGUAAGCCCACAGGGAAUGCAAUGGUUAGGAGCUCCCCAUCUCAUUAUGGGUGGAGAACAAUGGCAGAUGGAGACGGUAUUUCAAUCUUUGGAUCAAGCCAUAUCUGGAUUGACCACAAUUCUUUGUCAAACUGUGCUGAUGGCCUCAUCGAUGCUGUAAUGGGCUCUACUGCCAUCACCGUAUCUAACAACUAUUUCACUCACCAUAACGAGGUCAUGUUACUGGGACACAGUGAUUCCUACACAAGAGACAAGGUAAUGCAGGUCACCAUUGCUUACAACCAUUUUGGUGAGGGUCUUAUCCAGAGAAUGCCAAGGUGUAGACAUGGGUAUUUCCAUGUUGUAAACAAUGACUAUACACAUUGGGUGAUGUACGCAAUCGGUGGAAGUGCCAACCCCACCAUUAACAGCCAGGGCAACAGAUACCUUGCUCCUGCCAACCCUUUCGCUAAAGAGGUAACAAAGAGGGUUGUGACGCCAAAUAGUGCAUGGAGGCACUGGAAUUGGAGAUCAGAGGGAGACCUUUUGCUGAAUGGAGCCUUCUUCACUCCAUCAGGAGCUGGAGCUGCAGCAAGUUAUGCCAGGGCCUCAAGCUUAGCAGCCAAGUCAUCUUCCAUGGUUGGUGCUAUUACUACUAGCGCCGGUGCUCUUUCUUGCCGCUAUGGUUCCCAAUGUUGAUUCUCAAUCUUCAGCCAAAGGAAAAGGCCAAACAAUUAAAGAAAUACAAAAACAGAAGUAAGCGGAAAGAAAACAUACUCAUUUUCCUUCCCUUGCCAUCCAUCAUUUUAGGUACUAAGAAAUGAGUCUUUCUUUUUCAGCAUCAAACAUAUUUGACAAGUGUACAAAGUCUUUCCUUUACAAAGCCGUCGCCUGUUGUAAUCCCCAAACAUUACAUUGUUUCACUUGUCAUAAUGCCCAUUGAUCGAUCAACCUAGGCUUGCUUUAAAGAGCCAUAGUGUUGUUCACUUCUCUAUUUUGUAUUUUCCUCUCUCUUUUAUGUACGUACCUUAUAAAUCUUCCCAUUUAUUUAGUCGAUCUGCCUUAUAAUUCU